AUGGCCGAGCAGGUGACCAAGUCGGGGGUAUUCGCGUGUCUGGGUAACAUCUGUCUAUUACCUACUGCAGAAGCAGUCUUCAGGAAACUUGUAACUGAUCAAAACGUUUCAGAUACUUGGAGGAUGGACAGUGCAGUGACAUCCAUGUAUGAACUAGGAAACCCUCCUGAUUAUCGCGGGCGGGCUUGCAUGAAGAAGCAUGGUACUCCCAUGAGUCACAUUGCCCGGCAGGUUAUCAAAGAAGAUUUUGCUGCUGCUUUUGACUGUAUACUACGUAUGGAUGAAAGUAACCAGAGAGAUUUGAAUAGAAAAAGUAACCAAGUUAAAAACUGUAGAGUGAAAAUUGAACUACUUGGGAGCUACGAGCCACAAAAACAACUCAUUUUUGAAGAUCGCUAUGACGGCAGUGAUACUUACUUUGAGACCAUCUACCAGCAGUGUGUGCAGUGCUGCAGAGCUGCCCUAGAGAAGUGGGCGACCCGAAAUCCUGAGAGGACACAGUCACAGAUCCGUCUGAGUGACGGUCGCUUAGAAGCAGGGAGAGUUCAGAGGAACGACUUCCAGUCCUCGGUAUCGGGAGGCUCCCCGGUGGGAGACGUUGAGUCUUGA